GAGCGGCAAGUGCUAGUCGCCAUGGCGGCUAUCGGAGAAGCUCUCUCAUCUGAGUUGCAGAAUCUCCAACACAAAAUCAAGGAACUGGAGUCUCAGAAUGCCAAAUUAUCUGCUAUGCUUUCACAUUGUACCUGCCAGCAGGAAAAUGGUCCGUCCAGCACUUUUGAGAGUCGCGGUUUGGCUAAAGAAUUAGAAAGCAUAAAUUUAGACUGCAAGAAGAUCACCACGAGGAAAACCAAGGAUACUGGUUCAGGUCUUUGCUCAACGACUAUGUCAGAGCUUCACAAGGGAUAUGUUGCUUUAAAAAUAAUGUAUUUUGGCCAAAGCGUUAUCUUUAUUGUCUCAAUGGAGGUUUUAUGGAUUUGCUUCAGAGGCACACAUGGAUCCGACUGUGGAGUCUGAAAUAUUUAAGGCCCUUGACAAGACAAGGCUUAUAUUUGGAAACAAAAGAGACUUGCAGUACUCGAGGUGUGGCAGAACAGACAAGGGAGUUUCUUCUGUUGGCCAAGUGAUUGCUCUAUAUUUACGGUCAAAUCAUAAGCAAUUAAAUGGGAAUAGUGGAUGGGGUGGAGAAAAUGACAAAUCAUGUGUAGGAGAAAUAGACUAUGUGAGAGUAUUGAAUAAAGUGCUUCCCAUGGACAUUCGAGUUUUGGGUUGGUCUCCUGUUCCCAUGGACUUCAGUGCAAGGUUCUCUGGUUUGAGUAGAGUAUACAAGUAUUUCUUUUGGAGGGGAAAGCUCGAUAUAAUGGCAAUGGAGACUGCUUCUCAGAAAUUUAUUGGGGAACAUGAUUUUAGAAACUUUUGUAAAAUGGAUGCAGCUAACGUGCACAAUUACAAGCGGCAUAUCAUAUCCUUUCAAAUGUUCCCCUGCAAUGAAAGUUCUGGAAGUGAUCAAUUGUGGGUGAUGAAAAUCCAAGGUAGCGCUUUCCUCUGGCACCAGAUCAGGUGCAUGGUUGCUGUACUUUUCAUGAUUGGCCAGGGCGUUGAGUCCCCUAAUGUGAUAGAUUUAUUAUUGGAUACUGAAAUGACGCCAAGGAAACCUCAAUACAUAAUGGCCCCCGAGAUUCCACUGGUUCUUCAGUGCUGUGAAUUUGAAGGUGUCAGAUUUAUUUGUUCAACAGAUGCCAAGCAAACUUUGCGUGAACAUUUCGAGAGGGAAUACCUAAGCUACAAAAUGCAAGCAGCAAUUUUUCAGGAGGCUCUGCUAAGUGUUUCAUCCAUCGAAAAUGAUAAUAGUGUGGUGAAAACAAGAACAAAAAAGAAAGGAACUUCCCAUAUUCCCUUGUUGUCACGACCUACUGAGCCAUCUUAUGAAGAGCGCCGUGCAAGAUUGGAUGCAAGGAUUCGAACGCGAGAGUAGAACUCAUUUCAUUUUGCCCUUUUUUAAAAAAGUGACAGAAACUCAUAGAUCUGCUGCAAACAAGAAUAAAUAGCAGUCUGAGCGUACUUAAUUUAAAGAUGGCCAAUUUAACAAGUGACGGGGAUAAGAUAAUUGCAACGAUUGGUUUUCAGCUAGGACGAGGUUCUCGAUUCCUUCUUUCUUUGUACACAUUGCUUGUGGCAACUUUGUUGUAUUAUAAUAGAGAAUCAACUGUUCUAAGAAUCUCAGUGGUUGUUUUUUGGUUAGCAGAACAUGCGAUGCGACAAUUGCAGAAUGCUGAAGAGAUU